AUGAUCAACAAUAAUUGGUCACGCCCUUCGUACGUAACCAAGCAUAUGCAACCUGUGACCAAUGUGAUCAUUUUCGACGUGACCAAAAUUGUUCCUGACCUCUCCGCCGCUGGAGGCACCAAAUGUCCAUCAAAUGUAGGACACCCUAGUACGGACAAGCUCUCUUUGACUCAGCAAAAGAAAUCUCUGCUGCACACUUGGGACUCGCACUGGUUCAUAGCAGAUUCGUUUGCUCUGGAGCUGGUGUUCGAGUGGGGAUUGGAGUACCUGAAUUUCUCGCUGGCGUUGUCAAUUGAACACAUCCCGAACCUUCUUGAGAAUAUCAGUGAACGACGACCCAUUGAACACAACAUCGUCCAGUGUCUCGCCAGACGUAUCCCGCUGGCUAAUGGCACUUUGGUCGAAUGA